GCAAAGACCGAACCUUUUUCAUUCUGUCCUGCUGAAACAAUGUCCAACUCCAACGCCGACAGUACCCAUCCUCCUCCUCCUCCUCCGCAGCCGUCUCUUACUUCACUGCCUGACGAUAUCAUUUUGAGAUGUUUGGUCCUUGUCCCGAGGAUCUAUCACCUAAACAUCUCAUGGGUCUCAAAACACCUAAGAUCCCUUGUUCGCUCGCCUGAGCUCAACGUCUUGCGAUCCACCCUCCCCAAGACCAAGAGCUCCCUCCAUGUAUGUUUUGAAGAACAUUCAACCUUCCACUGGUUUACUCUGACUACUACUACGGAGGAGUAUGGAUUUGUUCUGAACCCAACUCCCUUCCCUUCUCAUCCUAAUUACGGUUCUUCAACCGUCGUUUCAGUGGGCUCAAAGAUCUUCUUCAUCGGCAGAUCUAAAGAACCAUCCACGGAUCUAUGGAUCCUUGAUACACGAACUGGGAACAUGACUCAGGGACCAAGCAUGAGCGUGCCUCGAGUACAUCUCCAAGCAGCUGCGGGAGUGAUCGACGGGAAGAUAUACGUACUCGGAGGCCGAAAGUUUGAUGCAGAGGUCCAAGUUGAAGUUUUCGAUCCAGAGUCGGAGACUUGGGAGCUUGCUGGGGCGGAGAUCGUUCGUAAGAUUCCAUGGAGUGGUGCCUCGGUACUGGAGGGGAAGGUUUAUAUGGUGGAGUACGGGGAGACAAAUGUGUACAAUCCGAGAGAAGGUGGAGGGCAACGGAUGGUUAAUAUGGCAAGCCAGAGACUGUCGGAAGAUGACGGAAGCAAGGUUACGUUCACUGAUAUGGCGUAUCACGUGUGUGUGGUGAAGGAUGUUCUCUUUGCUCUCUUUAGCCAGACCGGGUUGAUGUGGUUUGAUACAAAGCUCAAUGUGUGGAGAAAUGUGGUUGGUCGUGAUGGGAAGGAACUGGUUAUCUCACGUGUGAGGGCCAUGUCGGAAUAUGACGGAAGACUUGCUGUUUUUACCUAUAUUAUCCCGGCUGACCGCUUGAGGAAUUUAAAUGCAGUGGAUAUGAAGAGGAAAGUUGAGUGCAUGUUGGUCUCACUGGAUAGAGCUGGAGAAAAGAUUUGUGGGACGAUCGAUUGGUCUGGUAUUGUGGCUACAGUCCCAGUUCGGUUUAAACCUCAGCAUUGUUUAGCUGUUUCCGAGUGAUUGGUUUGAGUAUGUGUUCUUGAGAGCAGGAAACUAGAAAGAGAUUUAUCAUGAAAACAAUAAUAAAGAAAUGAACAUGUUUUGAAGUUUUUGGAAUGAAAGGCAUUUAUUUGUUAUAACUGUUGCUUGCCUGUGAGAACCAUAGGAACCAUCACUGGACGGAUCUUCUAUCAGAACACAGCAGAUUCGUUUUUGCGUUUUUCUGCUGCCCAUUCGCCAAAAAUGGGUGACUCCAUCACAGCCUUUUCUGUACCGUCUCUUAGUAAACUUCUCCAUUAUUUUUUUAUCGAUCUCUUCGGAUGUUUUGGGAAUGAAGAUGGGAAUCCAUCAUAAUCAGAUAGUGGUACUAUCCUUGACAGAUUCUUGUUGAUUCCUCU